GUUCCGGGUCGGGGAUUCCAUCGCGUGCACUGACUUCCGCCUGGCCGGCCACCCGGCAGCAAAGCAAGGGGCGCGAGCCAUGCAGGUCUCCAGCCUCAACGAGGUGAAGAUCUACAGCCUGAGCGCGGGCCCGAGCCUCCCCGAGUGGAUUUCCGAUAAGAAGAAGAGAGCACUACAAAAGAAAAAUGCGGAUGUUCGCAGAAGAAUUGAACUUAUUCAAGACUUUGACAUGCCCACAGUUAGCACAACUAUUAAGGUAUCAAGGGAUGGACAGUAUAUUAUGGCAACUGGAACAUAUAAGCCAAGGAUCCGGUGUUUUGAUACCUACCAAUUAUCCCUGAAAUUUGAAAGAUGCUUAGAUUCUGAAGUGGUUGCAUUUGAUAUUUUAUCAGAUGAUUACUCAAAGAUUGUCUUCUUGCACUGUGACAGAUACAUUGAGUUUCAUUCACAACAUGGUCAUUAUUACAGGACAAGAAUACCAAAGUUUGGUAGAGAUUUCUCCUAUCACUACCCAUCAUGUGACCUGUAUUUUGUAGGCGCAAGUUCUGAAGUAUACAGAUUAAAUCUGGAACAAGGAAGGUACCUGAAUUCGCUACAAACAGAUGCUUCGGAGAAUAAUGUCUGUGACAUAAAUCCCAUGCACUGCUUAUUUGCUACUGGGACAGCUGAGGGGAAAGUGGAAUGCUGGGACCCUAGAACUAGAAAUCGAGUUGGUGUGUUGGACUGCGCUUUAAGCAGUGUGACAGCAGAUACAGAGAUAGAUGGCUUACCAUCUAUUUCAGCACUGAAGUUUAAUGGAGCUUUGAAUAUGGCUGUAGGCACAUCCACUGGACAGAUUUUGUUGUAUGAUCUCAGAUCCAGUAAUCCAUUAAUAGUCAAAGAUCACCUCUAUGGCCUGCCUAUUAAAUCAAUCCAGUUCCAGGAUCCAUUAGAUUUAAUAAUAUCUGCAGAUUCACGAAUCAUAAAAAUGUGGAACAAGGACACAGGGAAAAUAUUUACUUCCAUGGAGCCAGAACACGAUAUCAAUGAUGUCUGCCUUUAUCCUAAUUCAGGAAUGCUGCUGACAGCCAAUGAAGACCCUAAAAUGAACAUCUACUACAUUCCAGUUUUAGGUCCUGCCCCAAGAUGGUGCUCAUUCUUGGACAGCUUGACAGAAGAACUGGAGGAGAAUCCAGAGAGUACAGUUUAUGAUGAUUACAAAUUUGUUACCAGAAAAGACCUUGAAAAUUUAGGCCUUGCCCAUCUCAUUGGAUCACCACUGCUCAGAGCAUAUAUGCAUGGCUUUUUCAUGGACAUACGACUGUAUCAUAAGGUGAAAAUGAUGGUCAAUCCAUUUGCCUAUGAGGAAUAUAGAAAAGAGAAAAUUAGACAGAAGAUAGAAGAAACACGUGCACAAAGAGUUCAGCUAAAGAAACUUCCAAAGGUUAAUAAAGAGUUGGCACUCAAGCUGAUUGAAGAGGAAGAGGAACAGCAGCCUACUAGAAAAAAGAAACAAAAGAAUCUGCCUAACAUUCUCACUGAUGACCGGUUCAAAGUCAUGUUUGAGAACCCAGAUUUCCAGGUGGACGAGAAGAGUGAAGAAUUUAGGCUGCUUAAUCCACUUGUUUCUAAAAUAAGUGAGAAAAGAAAGAAGAAACUAAAGAUUUUAGAACAGCAAGAAGCACAAGAGCAGGAAGAGGAGGAAGAACCAGAAGGAAAACCAAGUGAUGCAGAAAGUUCUGAGACUUCAGAUGAUGAAAAAGGCUGGGUUGAAGAGGUCAGGAAACAGCGCAAACUUCUACGCCAAGAGGAAAAAGUAAAACGGCAGGAAAGGUUCAAGGAGGAUCAGCAAACAACACUGAAACCUCAAUUCUUUGAGAUUAAAACAGGGGAGGAAUUCAGAAGCUUCAAGGACUCUGUCAAAAAGCAAAAGUUAAUGAAAAAAACUCUUGGCGAUCGCCUGAAGCUUCAAGAAAAGCUUGGCACCCUCAGUGUAUCUGAUACCACAGUAGGCAGCAAACAGAUGACAUUCAAAUUAAAACAGUCAGGGCAGCAGAAGAAACAGCAGGAAGCUGAGAAGCAACAUCAUCAGGAGAGGAAAAAUAUCAGGCGUUCAGCUAGCCACCUCAAGAGUAAACGUGGUAGAAGAAGACCCUUUUAAUUAUUUCUUAAAGAAGCUGCUUUACUUUCACUUGUCACCUGGAAAGUGGGACUUUGCAAGACAGGCGUACUCCUUUUUGUAUCUAAAAGGUGGACGCAAGAAAACUAGAACCUGUUAAACUGUAUGUGAGCUAAUGAGAAGUUCACAAAAUGCUUGAAGUAUUUGGAGAAGACACCAUGAGGACAGUGUUACAAACUCAGUCUUGGUUUUGACUUGUGCAUGAAGCAGCAGUGAUUGGUUAUUGUGUAACCCUGGAUGUGAUUUAUAUGAAAGUCCUGUCUGUGUAAACAGGACCUUAUCUGUCUAUUUAAUUUGAGAAACAGUGAUUAUUUUUUUAGCAUCAUGAAAUGUUCACUGUUUAAAUGUAGAUUGAAAAGUUUUAGGCUGCUGAGAGAUCAAGGGUUAAGUCAUUUUUCCCUAUAAUAGCUGACAUCAUAAAUGCCCAAAAUAGGAAUCACCAUAGCUGUGGGUAUUGCUGUUGUCCUGAUAGCAGAUGAAAUCACACACAACCCUGAGCAGGGCCGGCUCCAGGGGUUUUGCCGCCCCAAGCAGCCAAAAAAAAAAGUCGUGAUCUGCGGCAAUUCAGCAGGAGGUCUUUCGCUCCAACCGGGAGUGAGGGACCCUCCACCGUAUUGCCACCAAAUAGCUGGACCUGCCGCCCCUCUCUGGAGUGGCCGCCCCAAGCAGCUGCUUGCUAAGCUGGUGCCUGGAGCUGGCCCUGACCCUGAGCAUUGGCUUUGGUAUGUGCUGGUGCGUAAGGCCAUGAUUCAGCAAAGUAGUUAAGUGCCUACAUGUCUGCAAGUUGAAGUCAGUGAGACUAGUUGCAUGUGUGAAGUUAGGCACAUGAUUAGUACCUUGAUGAAUCGAGGCUUAAAUUAGGAAGCGACCAGUAUGUUCUGUGUACAAACAUGGGGCCUGAUCAUGUGAGCCCUUCAUUUAUGCAAGCAGUCUUUACCCAAAUGAGUUAGUACCAUUAACUUCAAAUAUUGCAGGAUUGGAAUCAUGUCAAGGAACAUACUAUAAAUUGGAUGUCUAUCAAAUGCUUUAAAGAUAACUUAGUUGUAACUUUAAAUCAUACACUUUUCGACUGGCGUGAAAUUAAUUCCAGUGCAGAGAGGGCAAACACGAGGUCCUAGGCAAUGGUAUGAAUUCUGCCUUAAGUGUUUUGGAUCUUAAAGAAUUUAUUCAUCAUUUAAAAAAAAAAAUCUAUUUACUGUUUGGCUAGUCCCAAUAAAUUGUGAAUUUUCUGGAUGGAGCCAGUUUUCAGAAUCUCCCUAAUUCAAAGCACUGAGCAAUAUAUCUUCAAACUUGGGACAAUGAGAUCAUCUAGCCUGAUUUUUAUAUAACAGACCAUAUAACUUCACCCAGUGACCUCUGUAUUGAUCACAGUAAUGUGUGUAUGACUAAAGCAUAUAAUCAAGAAAAACAUCCAGUUUGAUUUGAAGACAUCAAGAGAUGGAGAAACUCUAUUUCCCAUGAUAGUUUUUUCCAAUGGUUAAUCACCCUCCAUUAAAACUUUAUGCUUUAUUUCUAAUUUAAUUUUAUCUUUAACUUCCAACACUUGGUUCUUUGUGUCUUUUUUGGGGAGGCAAGAUUAAAGUGCCCUCUAAUACCAGGAAUUUUAUGUCAAGUCGCCUUUAUCGUUUUUUUGAUUGAGCUCCUUCAGUGUCUCUGUGACAGGGUGUAUUAGGCCCACAGGCCCUCGGCUGGAGGUCUCCAGGUCAUACCACAACCUGUCCCAGAAAGGAGCAGUAGAGAAGUCUUCCAGCCUGCCUAGAGGGGCUUUGGGGGUCACAGCCAAUUGGAGAGAGGCUGCAGGGAAGCAGCCAAUCAGGGCUCACCAAGGCCAUAUAUAAAAGGAGCUGGAGUACAAGGCAGUCAGUUGCUGCCUGGAGCUGGAGGAAUGAGGGAUGUGUUCCUGACUGAUUGCAGGAGCAGCAGGACCACAAACAGAUCAGUUGCUGGCAAGAUCUGGGGGAGCAAGAGGGAGCUCCUGGCUAGCUGCUGGGACUGAGUAAAAGACUUCAGCCCUAUGGUAAGGCUGAAGCAUUUGUGAAGGUGCUGGGACUGCGGGGAAGUGACCCAGAGAACUGUAGCUGCAUAGUGACUAGUUAAAGGGGAUGCAGUUGCAUGUGGCUGCUAUUCAUAGGGUUCCAGGACUGGGACUGGAGUAGUGGUUGGGCCUGGGUCCCCCCCAGCCAGCCACUAUGGGAGUGAGGAAGGGAAUUGAGAAAGGGCUGAAUAUUGAACUGUGAAACACCCCCCAGAAGGUGAUUGGGUGGUCUAGUGACCCAGCUGGAGAGGUGAGACCAAAAUGGCCCAGAACGGGCAAAAACAGUGUCUCCAAGGAGGAAGCUCUGGGGGUAUAGCUCCCUACCAAGGCCAGGACUAUUUAAAGACUAGAGAUACCAACAGAGGGGUACUGGGAUAGGCUGCUGUUGGGCUGUAUACCCUGGAAGGGGUCUGGUUUGUUUCACAUACACAGUGUGUGAGAGAUUUGGCUGGAGGGCUGAGUAGUUGAAAACCCGCCUGAGAAACCACCGACAGAGGUCACUGCAGACUAAGAGUGUGCAGACACAUGCACUCGGCCAGGGGGCGCUCAUGAGAGGUGGGUGCCACCCGUUACACUCUUCCUGCAGGACAUUUUCUCUAGCUCUCAAAUCAGUUACUCCUCCGAAUUUUCAAAUUAAAAUGUGGACACCAGAACUGUGCACAGUAAUCUAGUAUUGAUCUUACUAAGCCUGUAUAGAGAGAGGUAAAAUCAUCUCUCUAUUCUUCCUCAUUAUACCUGUUUAUACACUCAGGGAUCUUGCAAGCUCUUCUUGCCAGACCCUCAUACUGGGAGCUCAUGUUGAGUUUUGUCCACUAUGACCCUCUAAAUCCUUCAGUCACUGCUUUUCAGGACACAGCCCCCCAGUUCUGUAGCUAUAGCCAGAAUUCUUUGUUCCUAGAUGUUGUAUUUGGCUUAUUAAAACAUGUUUUGUUUGAAUGGGCUCAGCUAACCAAGCAAUCCAGAAUGUAUGGCUCCCUUGUCCUCAUUAUUUACCACUCCACCAAUCUUAGUUGCUCUUGUGGACCAUCUCUCCUCCCAGUCUUGAUUCCGCUCC